UUCUCUGUUGACUGCGACACAUAUCUGAGGAUGCGUUCUCUGCAUGUGUUUGUCUGUCUGCUGGGGCUUGUUGUCCUCUGUCACUCUAAAUGCUUCUUCAAGGAGUUAGUGGUCAAAGAUGAGAAAAACCCUCCAAAAGGGUGUGUGGAUGAGGAUGGAAAACAGCAUGGCUUUGGCUCUAAAUGGGUGAGAGACUGCAUGGACUGCUCUUGUACAAGCGAAGGUUUGAGCUGCUGUGGCAAGAUCCCCGAUGCAGGCACGGUAGAUGUCCCUGAGGAGUGUGAGCUGGUUGUGGAUAAGGAGACCUGCACUGUUAAGGUGGUGAUGAAGUCUGACAAAGCAAAAGAGUGUAAACCUGUCUGA